AUGAUCUCCGCAAGCCUAGACAAGGCCAAAAUGACCGUCCCAAUCGUUCCAACAAUUCCAGAGCUGGAAAAUGCAAAGCCCGAAGAGGCAGUUCUGGAAUCCCGCGUCUUGAUCAUCAUGACCGGCGGCACAAUCUGCAUGCAGCCCUCGCCAUCAGGCUUCGUGCCAGCACGCGGGUUUCAGGAAAAAUGCAUGGCCCGCGUGCCAACCUUCAACGACGCAUCCACCCCGACCCCCAUAGACGUCGUUGCUAACGCUGCCGGCGAUCUGAAAGAACAUCCUAGUCUGCGCACACCGAUGACGGCUUACGGUCGUCGCGUGCGCUAUACCGUCUUUGAGUUCGAGGAGUUGCUGGAUAGUAGCUCGAUUGAUGCGAAGGGCUGGGCGCAGAUUGCCGAGACCGUGGAGCGCAAUUAUACCCUUUUUGAUGGCUUCGUUAUCCUUCAUGGAACGGAUAGUCUGGCUUAUACCUGUUCCGCACUGAGCUUUAUGUUGCAAAAUUUGGGAAAGCCCGUUGUGCUUACUGGUUCGCAGGCGCCUAUGCUUGAGCUCCAGAAUGAUGCCACGGAUAAUCUGCUCGGGUCGUUGGUUGUUGCGGGUCACUUCAUGAUUCCUGAGGUUUGUCUUUAUUUUAAUAAUCGGCUGUUUAGAGGCAAUCGCACGACUAAGGUUGCUGCGAGUGACUUUGCCGCGUUCGAUGCGCCCAAUUGUGCGCCCUUGGCUAUAACUACUUCUAUGCGCACCAAUGUUAACUGGGAUAUGGUGCACCGUCCUACAAGUUUGGAGCACUUCAGUAUUCAAACCAACCUGGAUACCACUCACGUCGCUUGUUUGCGUAUCUUCCCCGGUAUCAAGCCGGAGAUGGUGGAUGCCGUGCUGAAGCUGGAUGGGUUGCGCGGUUUGAUUCUCGAGACAUUCGGCGCCGGCAAUGCCCCUUCCGGUCAGGAUAAUGCCAUGAUCAACGUUUUGGCUAGCGCCAUUAAACGAGGCAUUGUGAUCGUCAACAUUACACAGUGCCUCACUGGUAGCGUCAGUCCAGUCUAUGCCACAGGCAUGAGUCUCUCCCGAGCAGGCGUCGUUGCCGGCUUGGACAUGACAACCGAGGGUGCAUUGACAAAGCUCGCCUACCUGCUCGCUCUCCCAGACUCAACCCCCGAAUCCAUCGCCAAGCGCAUGUCAGUAUCUCUCCGCGGCGAACUCACCGAGUCAUCUCUCCCUAUCUUCCGCCAUCCAGACGGCGCCCUCCCCGAGCGCAUCCAAACUCUCACAUCAAUGGGCUACGCCAUUGCCCACGGCGACCUCGAGAAGGUCCAAGCCAUCACCAAAACAGAACACCACUGGCUCCUUAACGACGCCGAUUACUCCGGCAACACUCCAAUCCAUCUGGCGGCAACCUCCCCCUCAAUUCAAAUUCUGCACUUCCUCCUCUCGCAAGGAGGCUCCGUGCACCUACGCAAUCGCGCUGGCCGCACCCCGCUCUUCCUCGCCGCCAACGCCGGCCUUUCGGAGCACACCCUUCUCCUACGGAAAUCCGGCGCUCACCUACACUCUGAUGAGCGCCCCGUUGCUGAGUCGUUGGCCCGCCAUCGCCCCUUUGUCUGGGGUAUGGCGGGGGUUGGACCGAAAGAGAUUAGCCAACGUGAGAUGGAUGAGGAGUGGGAGUGGGAUAAUAGACAGAACCGGAUGACGGCUGGGUCGGCGCCAUCUUAG